AGCGUGCAGCGGUGAAGUGUGUCAAUCCGUGAUGCUGAGGCUUGAACAGAGGCUGGAAUUUCAGGAAUAUAUUCCAUUUUUUUUGUCGGACAGGACGGUUUGAGACAUUCUUUCUAUAAGGAAACUGUCCUUAAGCGGUCAGGAACCAGCACUACUCUAAAUUCCCUUUGGAUGCCCGACCAUGAAGAUGUGGUAAUUUGCUUUGUCCCGGCUUCCUUUAUGUAAACCAAGUCUGAUGUCUGAGGACUCGACCUCCAAUCUGUACCUGUUCUCCUCCCUGGAGAGGCAGGACGAAGUGGCUUGUUGCAGUUCCAUGGCGACUCUACAUCGCAUGGGCAGUUUUGCAGAGGCUGAGCUUGGCAGCAACGGCAGCCAGUACCCGAAGGCCUCACCACACAGUAACCGGAAGAUGGCACAUUCCCUGCAUGAGGAUAUUGAGAUGAAGAGUAGUGGAUCCAGUGGAAGUGGAACAGAAUCACACGGUAACGAGUCGCAUGGUAAUGAUUCCCAUGGAAAUGAGUUCCACGGUAAUGAGUCUUCUGGAAGUUCUAAUGGCCGAAGCAAGGACUCAGCACUUUUAGAGUCAUCGGGGAGUAACAAAAGCUCAAACUCUCACAGUCCAUCACCACCAAGCAGCUCAAAUGCAUUCAGCCUCCUGAGUGCCAGCUCUGAACAAGACAACCCAUCUACCAGCGGCUGCAGUAGUGAAGAAUCUGCCAAGGCGAAGACUCAGAAAGAGCUUAUCAAAAAUCUGAAGGAACUGAAGCUCCAUUUGCCACCAGAGAAGCGGAACAAGGGCAGUAAAUCCACCACGCUCAACACCCUGAAAUAUGCCCUGCACUGCGUCAGACAGGUGGAGGCAAAUGAAGAAUACUAUCAGCUGCUUAUGAUUAAUGACAGUCAGCCAUCAGGACUUGAUGUUUCAUCGUAUACCAUAGAGGAAAUAGACAGCAUCACCUCUGAAUACACCCUCAAAAACACAGAUAUCUUUGCCGUGGCCGUGUCACUCAUCACUGGGAAGAUCGUCUACAUUUCAGACCAGGCAGCCUCCAUCUUGAAUUGCAAACGGGAUGUGUUCAAGAAUGCUAAGUUUGUGGAGUUUCUUACACCGUAGGAUGUUAGUGUGUUCUACAGCUUCACCACACCAUACAGACUGCCAUCCUGGAGCAUGUGCACUGGAGCAGAGUCAUCGCCAUCAGACUGCAUGCAGGAGAAAUCUUUCUUCUGUCGCAUUAGUGGCAGUAAAGUGUGCAAUGGAGAUCUUCAGUACUAUCCCUUCAGAAUGACUCCCUAUCUGAUGAAAGUUCAGGACACAGUGCAUUCUGAAGAACAGUUCUGCUGCCUCCUGCUGGCCGAGAGAGUGCAUUCUGGCUAUGAAGCUCCCAGAAUCCCUAUGGACAAACAGAUCUUCACCACAACACACACUCCCAGUUGCGUGUUUCAAGAUGUGGAUGAGAGGGCUGUACCGUUGCUAGGAUACUUGCCACAGGACCUGAUUGGCACACCUGUCCUAUUGCACCUGCACCCCAGUGAUCGCUCAAUCAUGCUCGGCAUCCACAGGAAGAUCUUGCAGUAUGCUGGCCAGCCGUUUGACCACUCCAUCCGCUUCUGUGCACGUAAUGGAGAGUACAUCACUAUAGAUACCAGCUGGUCCAGCUUCAUCAGUCCAUGGAGCCACAAGGUUUCUUUCGUCAUCGGCAGACACAAAGUUCGCAUGGGUCCAGUGAAUGAGGAUGUGUUUGCAGUUCCGGCUGCAGCUGAGGGCAAAUCCUUAGACUCAGACAUCCAGGAAAUGACUGAGCAAAUACACAGACUCCUGCUGCAGCCCGUGCACAACUCUUUGAGUGGCUAUGGAAGCCUUGGCAGUAAUGAACAUCUAUUGAGUGUAGCAUCGUCCAGUGAGAGUAAUGGUAAAGGAACAAGGCAACCAUGUGAAGAAGACGUUAGCCAAACCAAACCGAGAAGCUUUCAGGAAAUCUGCAAAGGGGUGCACAUUCAUAAGAACCAGGAGCAUCAGUUGAAGAAGAGCCCAACAAAAUUUCUCCAGAAAGGUCCUGUGGUUAGGCCCAAAGACUCAGCACACCUUGUAAAUUUCAGAGAGUCAUCUGAAGACCAGCGAGCAGCAGCUGUUCCAGAUGAGCUGGCCUCUAAAGAUCAGACCAUCUACUCCUAUCAGCAAAUUAGUUGCCUGGACAGCGUUAUCAGGUAUUUGGAGAGCUGUAACGUGCCCAUCACAGUGAAGAGAAAGUGCCAAUCCUCCUCAAACACAACAUCCUCUAACUCAGAUGACGACAAACGGAGAGGUGUUGAAAACGCCAUGCAGGUGUCUGAAGAGUCUGGUCAUCUAAAGGACCAACCAGGUCUCUCAUCAUUAGAUGUACCCAAGAAGCCCCCACGCUCUGGUAUAGUGAGCCCGUCUCUUGCACCACUUCCGCUACCCAGUAAACCAGAAAGCGUGUUGUCCAUUACCAGCCAGUGCAGCUACAGCAGCACCAUUGUACAUGUGGGAGACAAGAAAGUCGUAUCAACAGGACACACCUCUACAAAGCAAGAAUUCUCUUCCAAACUUCACUUGCAAAAAAUCAUUGAAGAUGUUCCCAGUGUUGAAGGAACUGAAGGUCAGGGUCUCGUCGUCCCCCUGGCUGCUGUCUCACCCCAAUGUCAGGAGAGAGAGACUUAUAAGAAACUGGGCCUUACGAAGCAGGUUCUGGCAGCACACACGCAGAAAGAGGAGCAGGCAUUCCUCAGUUGUUUCAGAGAGCUGCGAGGCGUGCACGCUUCUAAAGCAGACUACUCGCUCUAUCUGGAGAAACGGAAAGGAUGUGUUGUAUCUGAAGCUGUGCCUGCUGCUCGCUCGUGCAAGCAGCAUGGUGCUACACCGGAGGCAACCAGAACUCGCCGAGGUCGCAACAAAAAGACCAAAUCUAAACGCAUCAAGCCGAACGAGUCCUCCGAUAGCACACCGUCUAGUUGCAGACGAACACCCAGACCUCAGGUGCAGGGCCUCAACCAGACCUCCUGGUCUCCUUCAGACACAUCCCAGUCCACGUACCCCAUCGCCUAUCCGGCCGUGAUGCCCACAUACCCUCUCCAAGUGUACCCGGAGGCUGGUACCAUACCACCCAGGAUGGAUGCUUCUAUGUCGAGCUUUGGAAACAAUCAGUGUAACCAGGAUCCACAUAUACCAAUGCAGCCCAUCCAGACGCCAUACACUGCCCCUUUGGUGACGCCCAUGGUGGCCCUGUUACUGCCGAACUACAUGUUCCCUCAAAUAGGUAGCGCUCCAGAGCAGCCUUUCUACUCAAUGCAGGGGAGUUUCCCAACCCAGCCCUCUUUUCAACCGCAGCCUGGUUUCCCCACACAGACGCAGUGCCCUCCGCAGACGACUUUUACGAUACAGACCAAAUUCACCCCCCAAAAUCCUUUUAACCAACAACCUCCAUUCAAACCCCAGCCAUUUACGUUCACAUGCCCAGACAAGCCCCCAAAACCACCCACCCCUGAGCCGCCGUCAAGGAGCACCACCCCUCAGUCCAUGGGUGGAGGGGGCCUGCCAUCCUCUCCUUUGUUCCAGUCACAGUGCAGCUCACCAUUGCAGCUCAAUCUCUUGCAGUUAGAAGAGACCCAGCGCUCAGCUGAGAGACAGGAGAGCACAGCGCCCUCUGUUGUGCAGCAGGGGAACAGCAGUAAUGCUGUGGAUAAAGCAGGGAGGGCAACUGGGCAGGCCAAAACUGACAAGGAUAUGCUACAGGAUGAAGGCUCACCUGUUGAUGGUCAACAUAGCGAUGAGUUCUCAUCAUCUAGUGACCUGCUGGACACCCUCCCAGAGGACUCGCAGUCUGGCACCGGCUCCGCCACCUCAGGAUCCAUGGGCUCUGGCUUUAAUGGCUGUCGAUCUUCAGCCAGUGGUGGAUCUGCUAGCAGAACCGGAAGCAGUCACACAAGCAACAACAGCAGUAACUAUUUCGGCAGUGUCGAUUCUUCACAGAAAUCCCAUAAGACCAAAGGGCAAGGCUCCAGAUCCUGCUCGGGGCCGCUGGCAUUGGAGGAGAGUAAGAGACAGAUCAAGUAUGGACUGCAGGAUCCACUGUGGCUUCUCAUGUCUAAUGUGGAUGAAGAUGUUAUGAUGUCAUUCCAGCUGCCGUCUCGUGAUAUUCAGAAGGUUUUGAAGGAGGACAGUGAGAAGUUGAGGCAGAUGCAGAAAAGUCAGCCGCACUUUACAGAAGAACAAAAGAACGAGCUGGUGGAGGUGCAUCCCUGGUUAAGAAGAGGUGGGCUACCCAAAGCCAUCGACGUCAAGGCAUGCGUUGGCUGUGAGGAGGUUGGUGAAACACUAACGGUGGACGAUCCAUCAGACCUGCACAUGGGAGAAACAGAAAGCAGUGAUGUCACCAUGCCCCCAGCCAAUAGCAUUGAAGAACCGACACACUCAGAAACACAUGGCUGUCCUGGACCUGUCACAUAACAAAACACUUAUUGCACCCAUGUGUGCACACCUUGCCUGACUGGACAAUGCAGACAUUUUUGCACAGAGUGCGUGUGCCUGACGCAGCCACAGACUUUAACGAAGUGUGUUUGUUUCUGUGUGUAUAUGUACAGAUGUGUAUAUACACAAAUUGGAUGGAUGGAUGAAUGAAUCGAUGUUUGAAUGAAUGUGAAAGCAAGAGUAAAAUAUGUUUCAAUAUGUUUAAUCUGUCUCAAUAGCCAGACUGUGCUGUUCAAUGACCAUAACUGUUUGUAAGGAAGGUUAAAAAGACCAUCUUUUGUGCAGUUUGUGUACCACAGAAGAAAGUCAAAUGGAAUGAAUUUUCAUUUUAGGCGUGAACUAUCCGGUCCUCUGCAGUGUUAUCCUAAAAAUGUUUCCGUUGACGUACAUGCACUGUCGUCCGUGAAUAAGUUAUUUUUCUCUUUGCAUCUCUAUUUUUUCUACAUGAAAUGUUCUAGAUGUUUUUCCACUUCUGAACAGAUGUUUAAGCACUUCAAAAAAGUUAUUCUGGUGUUUGAUAGUUGUGUUGUGGGAUAGGUAUCUGAUAUCCUGUCAAUUUACAAUUCAACACUGAGAACUUAUAGUUUAUGAGCUGCAAUAUUAUUUAUUAAACUAGGAUAAUUCAAAAUAAAUACUUCAGAUAAAUAGCUUGGACCAAGAGAACUGAUGCUAUCAAGACAGAGGGGUAACAACCACCCUGUCAAAAGUCUCAGUCCAGUAUAUGAUCUCUGAGACGGUUAAUGCAUAAACCUGUGAAGGCCUGUCCAACCACAAUUACUAAAGCACAGAAGCACCUUAUUAUAGAAGAAUGGGCGAAACAAGGUUAAAUAUCAAUUCUUUGGUCUCCAUUUAGAAAAUCAUUCAAAUACUUAAAAGCUUACUUUUGAGAAACAGGGUAUUGUUUGAUAAAAACAUAUAUAACAAUGUAUAGCUCACAUACAUUGUAAAUAGGUGCUUUCAUUCUGUCACUUUCGACAUCUUGAAUGUGUUGAAAUGUUCCUUUGUACUGUCCUAUUUAAAUUAUUUUGUUUGUUUAAAAAUGUUUAUUUGGAAUAA